UAUUUUGAUUUCAUCUAAUCAAUUUUGAUUUUGAAAAUUUUAAAAACGAAAUGUAUUGAAUAACAGUUUGAAUAAAUGCAUUAAUUAAUAAUUGUUUAAUGCAUUUUUAUCGAUGGAUAAUCUGAUCGACAGUCAUUACCUACAACUACCAUCUCAAGGAAACAUCUACUUAUCUGCAAGACUCCAAAAAGCUGAUGGAUCGAAUAGAAUUAUUGUCGGUUGCUUGAGAAGAAAAGUCUUCGUUGUAGAAUACCGAUGUAACGAAGAGUUUUUAGAACCCAUUACAACAGAGGUUUACUUUGCUUACAUAUCCAAUGGUGCAGAAAUCACAUCUAUCAAUGUAUUCAAUAGAUCAAAAACUAUGGACGAUUUUGUCAUCGGAAUUGUCAUCAUGAGAAAUACUGAAACAGGUACUAGCGCUCAUCUGAAUCUAUAUUGUGAAUAUGAUCUCGAACCUGAUGUAGAACUUAGUUUAGAAACAAUUGGACAGCAUUGUGAAAGUCUUAUGUUGGAUUAUAUUCCUUAUGGAUUACAUCAUACUCAAAUAUCACCUCAUCAAGUGAACGGAUCUUAUGAAAAUCUUUGGUUGUUACCUGGAAGUGAUAAUAAAAUCCAUGCUUAUCGAGGUCGUUACCAUGAUCGAAAUUUUGUUGAGAUAUCUGUUGGCGAUUUUUUUGUUGAAUUUGAAGACGUACCAGCAAUUGUGAUGUGUAUUAAAGUUCUCUAUUACAAUAAUUACCACCAUCGAAUUUCUAGUCUUGGAUGUGAAAAUGGACAAGUACGUUGUGCAAUAGUGGAGUGCAAAAGUAAUCAUAUUUUGAGAUUACUAAGUACAGAAUAUGAAAAUCCCAUUUCCAGCGUUCAGUUAUUUACAUUAAAAAUGCCAGAGAUUCCCGUCGAUGAUAUCGAACAAUAUAUUCAAAAUGAUGAUUUAACAUUCUUAGAAAAGAACCCCGAAGUUAAUUUACUCGUUACGAACACACUGUUUCAUUCUGAAGUUUUCAUGGACGUACUAAAGUAUGAUUUCAAAAAUCGACACUGCCUCCAUGAAAGCACUCUUUACGAUGCUUGCUUAUGCUCGGUUAUAGCGGAUGUAGAUUUUGAUGGCAAUAAAGAAAUUAUUUUAGGAACUUAUGGUGAGGAAUUAUUGUUAUUUAAAUACGUCAAUAAUGAAACGUGGAAAAUGAUUGGGCAAAAGAGUAUCCCGAAUCCUGUCCAUAAAUUGUACUAUGUUGACUUGACUGAAGAUGGUGUUAGCGAGCUGAUAACAGUAACUGCCAAAGGCCUCCACGUUUACCAGCAUAAAUUGAAAGACGUUCACAAAUUGAUCAGCUCUAGAAUUGAGAAGUUGGAUAAAGAACGGUUAGAGGAAUUAAUUCUAAAAGAAAACCGGUCAUGAAGUAUGAAAAGUUUAAAACAGUAUCAAGCAGCCUGUCAAAGCCAUUUGUUUGGAAGUGAAAUCCGAACUUUAUUUUCAUCAUAAAAAAAAUUUACGACUGAAAAAAUACACUGCUCGAUUUUUGAUUUUAUGACCGGUUAAAAGUACAUAUAUUUUACUAUUUUUACUAUACGUAAGUACCUACCUACCAAUUUGAUGUGGAUUUCCAUACAAAAACAAAGACUCCUUUGCAUUGGUCUUAGAGAUCAAAGGAAGGGAGUGUCAAAUUUUAAAAUCAUACAUUUGAUUCAAUUGAUGCAAAAGCAUAAUUUACCUUCAGGAGGGGGGGGGGGGGGGGGGUUGAUGAAAUAGAAGUCGAUCCUAUACAUCUUGUUUUAUAGGCUUCCAAAUGAAAUUAUUUUUCUGUAGUUUUAUUAAUUUUGUGCAAAUGUGAUCAAAAUUGUCUACCUUUUCUACUGUUUUUUAAAUAAAUGAACGCCUUGUUUUGUU